UACAUGCUAUUCUUAGCCUAAGAAUAUAUUAGACGUUGUUGCAUGUAGCAUAGGGAACCUUUCUCCUGUUACGUGUUUCUUCUGGGGCGGUUCGGCGCUCGGACACGUCUCGUGUUUUAACGGUAGACCUUUCCACCAUGGAUCAAUUUAAUCGUAAAUAAGCUCAGCAGUGCUUCUUUUCUUUUUAUAGCCGUAGCGCAACAUCAAUUUAAAGAUAUGAUUCUUGUUGAUAUAUCGAUAGGAUUUCACAGCGACUGUCAGAACAGUUUUUAUCAGCAAGCUAACGUUAGACUGCAGCCGGGAGAGGCUAUUAACUGCGAUGCUAAAGACGUGUUUGCUGAAUUAGUAACAACGUCCCGUUAAUUAAAACAGCAGAGAUUGUCUCAGUGUUUUUCCAGCCCACAAGACUGUGAAUACAACAACACAAUGCCUAAUGCCACUGCAAGGCCGAAGCACGGCAGAAGGGCCCGACGGCGCCGCAGGGAGGACCCUGCCCGAAAUGAGCUGGUGUCCAGUUCCUUAGAAAGUGCCCAACAGUGUCUGUUUAAACAGGAUUAUGGGACUGCAUUUGUGCACUACCUGCUGGCCCUCAACCUCGCACCUGUGUUUAAGGACUUUGCAAGGGAGUCCUUUAGGUUCACUCUCUUCAAAUGGGCAGAGGAGCUGGACUCUGUGGGCCGCAUCCAGGAACUUUUUGAUUCUUAUGAACAAGCCCUGGAGCUUUUUCCUGCUGACGAGGUCAUACUCAACAGCAUGGGCGAACACCUGUUCAGGAUGGGAUUUAGAGAUGAAGCCGCAGGUCAUUUCCACAAAGCCUUGAAGCUGAGACCAGAUUAUCCUGAGGCCAGGGAAAACUUUUAUCGUGUUGCCAACUGGCUGGUUGAGCGCUGGCAUUUUCUAAUGCUCAAUGACCAUGGGAGGAACCGGAAGUAUCAGCAGGCCAUUCAGAAGGCUGUCCAGAGUGGCUGCAACACUGUACUUGACAUAGGUACUGGCACUGGGAUCCUUGGCAUGUGUGCGAAGAAGGCAGGGGCGGCCGAGGUGUACGCCUGUGAGCUGUCCAAGACGAUGUAUGAACUGGCCUGUGAGGUGGUGGCUGCCAAUGGAAUGGAUGGCAGCAUCAAGCUCCUCCAUAUGAAAUCCCUGGAGAUGGAAGUGCCAAGAGACAUCCCACACAGGGUAUCCCUGGUUGUGACAGAGACGGUAGACGCAGGAUUGUUUGGAGAGGGCAUAAUAGAGAGUCUCAUUCAUGCCUGGCACCACCUCCUGCUGCCUCCGCAGAGAGGAGAGAAUGAAUUCAAGGACCCGUCUGCUACAGGGCGGGUUAUCCCUGCUGGAGCUACUGUGUUUGGUAUGGCUGUCGAGUGCAUGGAGAUCCGACGGCAUCACAGGCUUUGUGUGUCAGAAGUUGGCAGCCUGUCCAUGGCUGCAGCAGGAGAGCUGCGUAGCCCAGUGAGCUGUAGCUCUGAGCCAGAUGACUCCAUGGAACCGUACACAACAGAGAGACUCAGCAGACUGCCAGGGGGAUUCAAAGCCCUCACAGAGCCCUUCACAGCCCUCAACAUAGAUUUCAAUAAUGUGCAAGAACUGGAGGGCCUGAGCUCCAGGGAAGUCCAGCAGAUCCGUCUCCCUGUCAUUCAGGAGGGCGAGCUGGAUGCCCUGGCUGUGUGGUUCCAGCUCCACCUGGACGAGGAGAGCAGUCUGUCUACUGGGCCCCGGGAAGACACCUGCUGGGAGCAGGCCGUCUACCCAGUCCACAGCACCAGGGGAUUUGGCCUGAAACCUCAUGAUGAGCUCGUUGUUGAAGUCUCCUGCCGUGAUGCCUACUUGAGGCUCUGCAGUGUUGCUGUGAUUAGAGAUGGGCAUGAAAUCCGUCUGGACAAGCAUCUGGACUUGCAGCUGCUUAAAAGUAUAUCAAACGCAAACCCGGAGGCCGAACUCUGCAGCGCAUUAGCGUGUCUUCAGACUGACCAGAAUCAAACAAAAGAUCUCUGCAUGCUGGAAUGUUCAGAAAUGGCGCUCCUGAACCAUCAGGACUACCAUCAGGGCUUUUGCAGCGCUAUGGCCAAACUCAUCUUCCAGCUGAGGAGCAAAUGUGAAAAGCGUUCAGGUGGUAAUUCAGACCUCGGUGAAUGUGUUAAUUCCACAGACUGUGGGGACCUACUGUAUGUGCUGGAUGUGUCCGAGGGCUUUUCGCUGCUCUCCCUCAUCGCUGCCAGCCAGGGUCACGUAAAAGCUUACAGCUCUGUGGAAAAGAACAAGCAACAAGACGUGCUAAGACGCCUGGCUCACUCCAACAAUAUCCCAGAGCAGCGUCUGGAGUUCUGGCUCAACCACAUGGAGGAUGAGCAGGGGAUGCUGCAGAGGCCAUCCAGGGAGAAGCUGUGGAGCGCCAUCAUCCUGGACUGUGUUGAGACCUGUGGUCUGAUACGACAGAAGCUGAUGGAGAAAGCAUCCCUGGCCAGGUGUCUGCUGGAAGAAGGGGGGCAUAUUUUCCCUGAGCGGAUUGUGGUGCAUGGUAUGCUGGUGGAGUCGGACAUGUUGCUGCUGGAAAGUGCUGUCCAGGGUCAGGAGCCCACACUGGGAUUCAACAUUGCUCCUUUCAUCAACCAAUUUACUGUACCAGUUCAUGUGUUUCUGGACUUCUCUACCCUAGAAUGCAGGCGUCUGAGCGAAUCUGUGGAGCUCUUUGUUCUUGACCUUAUGAAUACAAAUGCAAACUACACUAACAGGGAGGUGAAGGUCCAGGCCACAUCUGCAGGAAGAGUAACUGCCAUUCCUUUCUGGUACCACAUCUUCCUCUACCAGGAGAUCAGCGUCAGCACCCUUAGCCAGAGGUCUCACUGGAAGCAGGCGGCCGUUGUUCUGCAGCAGCCCCUGCAGGUUCGAGCUGGAGACUGGGUCCGACUUGCUGUGAAGCUCUAUAAAAGCACCAUCUCCAUAGCAGCCCACAUAGACGAGGCCCCAGGGCCAAUGGAAUGAUCUGAUCUCUUACAUACGCUGUAGGAAAAUGUAUUGAAGUCUAUGCAUUGUGUUAUUUAAUGGUGAAGAGAAUAAUCUAUCCAAUGUAAGUUUAUCAAAAAUGUCAUGCCAGUUUUUUGCAAAUCUGACAUGUGGAAAAUCCUGGUUUAUCUUUUAUGUUUUCAUUAUUCGCUAUAAAAUUGACAUUUAUUAUUUGUAAGUAUGUCAUAGAUAUUAAAGUUGUCCUUUAAAUGUUGAUUUUAUAAAGAUGUCUUGACAACCUUUCUAAUAAAUGUAGAGCACUGAAAUGAAUGAAAAAGUAAUUAUCUGACUGGAUAAUCAGAAAAUUAUAAAUUAAACUUUAGAACAUCA